GAAACAAUGAGAGAUCCAAAACACAGCUUUCCUGUUGUCUGCAAUCUAUCCUGCAACCUGCAGUUGUUUGAAUUUUGCAAUGCAGUUCGCCAACCGUUUACAAAAAAAAAAGAGUAUAUACAAGGGGAAAGUGUGCAUAAACAUGAAUCUCUGCGUGAAAAUAACAUGCAAAAAUGCAUUAUAUGAGAAGAAACAGCUUGCAAGAAUGUGCACAUUAGUCAAAACUGUUUACCAAAAAAAGAGAGUUUAUUAGGAACAAUUCUUGCUAAAACGCUGGAGAAUUUUCAGGCCGAUUUCCAUCCCAGCAGAAUGUCCAGCUCGGGUGUGAAGUGUGUCACGACCCCAUGUGUUGCAUCAUGUCCGGAUGCGAAAGUGGUGAUACAUCCGCCGCCAUUAGUUCUCACCCUACCAGGUCUGAGCCUCACCACAACCCCAAAUCAGUGCCUCGUGGAAACCAAGACUUCGUGUCUCACCAAUGGCUCUGAGGAGAACAAAGGUGGAUGCUCCACAGCGGUUGUUACUAAAUCCACAGGUCUGCGGGCCCUUUCUGGUGGAGAUACUCCAUGUUGUACGACCACCUGCCCUGACUCGCAAGUGGUGAUACAACCACCACCUGUUUGCAUUACAAUCCCAGGGGCAGUCCUAUCCAGCUAUCCCAAUGAAUGCCUCAUAGAAACCUCCAACCCCUGUGUCCCCAGUGGAUCCCAACCACGUGCCAUUGCCCGCUCGACAUCCUCUUCUGACUGCUGCCUUACCCCGCACCGUAUGUCUCGUUCUACUUCUGUCCCAUGUGGGCUCAACAGCACACCAGUUUGCAUGACGCAAGGCCCCAGCUCCAAAGUGGUGAUACACCCUCCGCCAAUUGAGGUCACCAUUCCCGGCCCUAUUCUUGAAAUUGCUGCGGAGGAGUGCGCGGUUGAAGUCUACAACCCAUGCACCACUGCCGGCGCUUUAACAAGUGGCGAAGAAAAGUGUGCCAUCACCAGUGGUGAAGAAGGGGAAGUCAAAGCCCUGACGGCACGUGCUUUGUCCUGCACAACUGUGUGUGGGGUGUUGGGUGCUUCUUCCUCAUGCAUCUCCCAAGGACCAGAGAUGAAGAUUGUCAUCCAGCCCCCUCCGAUUGAAGUAGACCUUCCUGGACCAAUUCUUCAAGUCUUUCCGGAAGCAUGUAAAGUGGAAACGCUUAACCCAUGUGCUCCUGAGACCCAGGCACUGUGCAGCAGCAGCGAGGCAACUACCUCGACAGACCUUGCCACCAAGAACACCUCGCUGUAUGCCAUUAAACGCCCUCUGCCUGACAUCAGAAGGCCUGCUCGCCCUUGGGCUGAGAUGUACAGCCGAUCCUUAACUCCGAGAGCCAUUAUUGCCCAGCCAUCUCGGUUUUCCAAAUACCGCCGUAGCUUCAGUACUACAAGCUGUCAGUCAUCCUACUGAGCUCCCCCAUAUGUAUGGAACAAGGGACUGCUGGAGCAAGGAUGGGCUUCAUGGUUUCAUCAAUGGAAAAGAGUCUUCAUCCUCAACACUUAUUGAACAGAUGGACAAUAUUCUUGAGUUCUCUCUCGGUGCUUUGGAGCCAGGAGCUAAGAUGUGUUUUCUCUAAUAUUACAUCCAAUUGGGUCCCUUUGGGAUCCAAGUGUGAACAUUCUAAACUCCUGGACCCUGUCGAUUGCAAUGUUUACAUGUCCUUAACUCUAUCUGCCAUCGUUGGCCCCGUUUCUCUUGAUGGGGCAGCAUGGUGCGCUGCAAAUGAACAGAAUUCAAUGGUGCCUUAAAGGGAGAGCAGUGUGCCUCCAAAUACCAGUUACUGAGAAUCACAAGUAGGGAGGCUUGGUGUUUCAUUUGGGUCCCACUUCUGGGCUUCCCAGAGACAUCAAGGUUGGGCCCUGCAAGAACAGGAUGCUAGACUAGAUGGGCCUUUGACCUGACCCAGCAGCCGGGUUCUUCUUAUGUUCUUAUGAACAGUUACUUUAAUUUCAUUUUUUGCUAUUAUAGUGUAAAAUCACUGAUAAUUUAAUGUGAAAUCAAGAACUAUGGUUGGUUAUCAUAUCUGAGACCAUGGCUAUAGGCUAUGGGCAGUAUGCAGUUGACACUUCCCAUCAGCACAAGGAUUUCCACUUGGACAACAGGACUUGCCCGCCCCUCACUUCCCCUAUGUUUGCCCUGUGCUGUCCCCAUAUCUGCUCCAGAGGGUUGUGAGAAUCCCUAGAACAGAUUUAGGGUUGUUGUUGUUUUUUUAAAAAAAAAUACUUUUGGGAUUUCAUUAAAAAGAAAAAAAAGAUCUAAAAGGGGGGAAAAGUAGGUGUAAGGAGCAAAAAAAAAAAGCUCUGUCAGCUCAUGUUAACAAAACAUUUAAACAUCCAUACCUCCAUUUCAGUUUAUACAUAUGGAUCAAUAUGUUUCAUUCAAAUGUGUCUCCAGAUGAAGUUGGUGUUUAUAGAAAAUAUGCUCAGAUGUAGCAAGGGAGUUUAGGUCAUCAAACCACUGUGUAACAGUUGGUGGGUAUUUGUCCUUCCAGGAUCCAAGUAUGUCUCUUAGUGACCAUUAAAGUCCAUUCUUGUUGAUCUGCCAUUAAUCUCCAUAUAGCAGGAAAAUAUUUUAAAAGCGCACAGACAUCUGCAAAAUUCAUGCAUGUCACCAAUGCAAAAUUAAUAUGGGCAACAACUUCAGACCAAAAAAGAAGAAGAAAAUAUAGAAACAUAGAACAGAUUUAGGGGGCAGAGAGGGGGAGAAUGUUCCACUGUGCAAGCAGAAAUCUUUGUGCUAAUGCAACAUUCGUGCAGCACUAGGUUGGCUUCGACCCAUGAAUCCUAUGCAGCCUCACCGAAGAGGCCUUAUUCCCCUCAAUGACGCUUACUUGUGAGUAAACAAGCAUAGAACCACAUGCUGCAUAAGACAUUCAAUUGCAGCCGGAGGACAUAGAGACAGGAAGAUUCCCUACUCCAUUAAAUUAUAUGUAAUAAUAAGUUUUUAAAUACUUAAAUAUUUACAAAUAGUUUUCAUCAUAAUUUAAAUAAAGCCAAAACUGUGGUUGUGUGUGAAAUGAUUUUUUUUAAAAAAAUCCAUUUGUAAAAGUGCAGAUGUGCCUAAUAAUAAAGCAAGACUAUUAUUGUUGUUGUUGUCAUCGUCAUCAUCAUCAUCAAACUCUCUUUUAUUAUGAAGAGCUAAAGAGGGGGAGAAGGGGGUCAUAUGUUUUGGAAUGGGUUUUUUUCAACCAGGAUGGUGAAGGGUCUGGAAUGCCUGAAAGAGUUUGUGAUGUUUCAUCUGGAGAAGAGAAGAUGAAGUGGAGAAACCAAAGUGGUCUUUAAAUAUCAGGAGUAGGGACAGGAGACAAAUUAAAUUAAUUUUGCAUUUAAAGCCAAAUUGAUCCUAUUUGCACUUUCCAAAACAAUACGAGAACUGAAAUCCAGCCAUCCUUUGAAAUAAACACUUCUCCAAAUUUUAGGAUGCAUUCAUACUCCAAGCAAUGUUUCUUUAAAUGAAUAUGUUAGGGGAAAGUGGGCAAUUUUUUUCUUUUAAAAAAAUGAAUAUAUGACUGUAAAUAACAUGGAAAAUGCAUCAGAUGAGGAGGAAUUGCUUGAAAAAUAUGUGUGUGUUAUUCAAAACUGCACAAAAAUGAGAUUAUUAGGAGAAAUUUGCACCAAAAUGCUGAGCAAUUUCCAUGAGGUUUUAAAAAAUAAAUAAACAAAAAAAUUACAAA